ACCAUUAGCCUUGCUACGAAAAUGGAGGUUUUAAACCGUUUUGAGAAUGGUGAACGUGCUGUGGACAUUGGUGUUGCGCUAGGUCUAACCCCCACAACAGUGCGUACUAUCCGGACCAACACAGACAAGAUUAAGGCUAGUGCUGGAAGUGGUUCUUUUAUGAGUGCAACAAAGACAAGUCGUGCUCGAAGUUCUGUGAUUGAGAAGAUGGAGAAGAUGCUGGCUAUGUGGAUAGAGGACCAAAAUCAACGCAAUACCCCUGUGAGCCUUAUGGUUAUCCAGCAUAAAGCAAAAUCCUUGUUUGUUGACUUGAAGGCAGCAGAGGGUGAAGGAUCGAAGAAUGAAACCUUUACGGCCAGCCGAGGAUGGUUUCAACGUUUUAAGCAACGUUAUAACUUCCAUAAUACUAAGACGGCUGGUGAAGUUGCCAGUUCAGAUACGGUUGCUGCCGAGAUAUUCCCGUCUGAGUUCAGGAACAUUAUCGAGGAAGGAAGCUACUCAGCGAAGCAAGUCUUCAAUGUGGAUGAGACCGGUCUCUCUUGGAAGAGGAUGCCCAAAAGAACCUAUAUCUCCAAGGAAGAAAAAGGAGCUCCGGGAUUUAAAGCAGCAAAAGACCGCUCGACGCUGCUACUUGGCUCAAACGGUGCUGGCGACUUCAAGCUUAAGCCCAUGUUAAUUGCUUGUGCUGCCAACCCACGUGCCCUGAAAGGUUACUCUAAAGAUCACCUUUCAGUCAUCUCCAAGGCAUCCCAUACAGUAGAGGUAACUAAUAAAGAUCUUCAACUGCUAACAGAACAAAGUGCUGCUGAAGAUGCCGGCGACGAAGAAGAACCACAACGAACGCUAACUACCAAGAGGAUGGCAGAAGCGUUCAGGAAGAUCCAGCAAGGUAUGCAAAUCUUCUCUGAUGACGACCCAAACAGAGAACGUAGCUCAAAGAUUGUACGCAACAUGGAGGAAACUCUUCGUUGUUACAAUGAGAUCUACAAGGAAAAAAAGAAGAGGAGCACUAAGCAGUCAACGCUGGAUUCUUUUUUAUGUCGCUGUGAGGCAGAAGCAGCAUCUUCACAACAGCCUGCAAGUGAGGAGGAGCGAACAGUAGCCGAGGAGGAACCCCAGUCAUAGCGGGAGGAGGAGCCCCCCUCCGGGUCUCAGUGACUCGCCACCUUCCUCCUCUCCACUACCCACCACACACUCGCGCCACCUCCGCCCAUCAUCUGUUGCAGUUUCUGGUGGCAUUGUCAAGAAAGGUCUCCACACAACAUCCUCUUCCACCCAUCCCCACUCUGAUGGUGAAGGUGUGUCAAUACUGUAUCUGCUACCAAAGACUGUCCCCAUAUGUGUCCAGCUUGAGAGCAGGCUCUCUUCAUAUGGUGAGUGAGGGCUUCCUUGAGAUGGUAAGAUAAUCAUUAUUGGUGAGUACAGUACUGUAUUGUGAAAUAACUGAUGUGCAUCUUGGGUGUACAGUACAGUAUAUUGUUGUUGCUUGUUGCAAAAUGUGUUAAGUAAAAUGAUUAUGUUGAUCAAUCUGCUGUGUCAUUAUGGGUAUAAAGGUGAUGUACAGUCACCCAAAAA